AGUUAUGCAUCCUGUGCAGACUGUUCUGGGAUUUACUGCCCUUGCUUUUUGCUUUGCUUUUUUUGUGUAUCUCACCAAUAACCAGUACAAGGCCCAGCGCUUCAAGCGUGACCAUCCAGUAUUUUGUGUGGCGGCCGUCAUAGCAACCGGAUAUUUUGUGGUGUACAUGUUUGGAGCCGUUCUUGUAUUUAUGUUUGGAAUAGCUUUCCCUUUACUGUUAAUACUCAUCCAUGCAUCAUUGCGUUUGAGGAACCUGAAGAAUAAGUUAGCCAACAAGCUGGAGAAUGUUGGACUGAAACGCACUCCCAUGGGUCUCAUUUUGGAUGGGCUAGGUCAGGAGCAGGAAGCUGGAUCUUAA